AUAACUUUACUUAAUUCAUUUUCACAUGAACACAAAGUUCUCUCUGGUCUUUGAUUCUUUCGUUGUGUGGCAUCUGAAGAGUUAAGAGGAAGAAGAAGAACGAUGGCAUGGAGAGGAAGCAUAUCGAAGUCUAUGAAAGAGCUUAGGAUUCUUCUUUGUCAAUCUUCUCCAGCUAGUGCUCCCACCAGAACGUUUGUUGAGAAGAAUUACAAAGAUUUGAAGUCUCUAAACCCUAAAUUACCAAUCUUGAUCCGUGAAUGUAGUGGAGUCCAGCCUCAGAUGUGGGCAAGAUAUGAUAUGGGUGUGGAGAGGUGUGUAAACUUGGAUGGUCUGACAGAGCCACAGAUUCUAAAGGCCCUUGAAAACCUUGUGAAAUCCGGAGCUACAAAGGCCUAAGUUUGUUUGUUUGUUUGUUUUUCUCUAUAUGAUCCCGAAUAAGAUUAAACCGCAAAACAAUCAUUUGACAUUUCCUGUCAUUCUACUACUUUGUAACUCCGUGGUGUCAUAUCGCCUUGCAUUUGAGUUGGUUUUUUUGUGUAAUCCUUGAACUUGGAAUUAAACCAUUCCGUAUAAUUGAAAUCACAGAAAGGAGAAAAAUAAACCAUCUCUGUUUAAACUUUUUGUUUUAGGGGAUGUGGGCAUGUCGGUUUUUGACCGUGUUUUCCGCAACAAUUCCCGGUCCGAUCAGCCGGUUCAGUCCGGUUUCAAAAACAUUGCUAAGAGCGAAUCAAGUUCGCAACCUCAAUAGGGUCCAAUCCCAACACAUUCACGUGCGAAGCUCAAGUGAUCUCUCUCAACCGUUCUCGUUAACACGCAUCUGUUUCUUUUCCAUAUUCACAAUUUUACUUACAUAAUGUUUUUUUAAGUUUUUCCGAAUUUAUAUUCCAAAAUAAAUCAGAUUUGAUCUUCUCUAUGAGAUUUUAU